UGUCCACGUGUACGUAGCUGUUUAACAUGUCAACUGAAAUCGCCUGAUCCAAACUUCGCAUAUCCCAAACUUUGUAGCUCAAGCAGAUGAACAAAACCCAAAUAGACUUCGAACGUAAUUUCGAAACAGGUAAGAUAAAACUGACCACCCGAGGGGGACAGUAAAAAAGUACCUUCUGCCUUUAAUUUUACCUCCCUACCAAAAAGUCCAAAGUGCGCCCUCCCGAGUCGAUGAUGUCAUCUUUACAAGGUGAGCGGUCCGCAGCCAUUUUGUUAGCUAGCCUGAGGUUACAGGGGUUAGCCGCAUGCAGCAGUAGAUGUUUUCCGUUUAAAUUAGGGAGGGCUGGAAAACGUGUCAUUGUUUUUUGGUCCACAUACAUGUUCAGGCCACGCACGCAUAGAUAAACGAGGGACUCGUGCAUUAGUUGCCACCAUACCUUACGCGGAACUGGAGGCUCAUUCAUUUCCCCAUCUGUCUUGAGUUUGCUAGCUUAUGUGGUAGCUUGCUAACGUGUUUACGCGUGCCGUGACAAAACAUUCCGCUUUCAUGGUGGCCAGAGUUGUAUUGCCCCACUUGUAACGUGAGCGUCCUGUUAAGUGUAUGUGGUUUUGACUUUUUUUUACUUUAUAUUUGCUUCACAUAUUAAACUGAAGCAUAGUUGAACCAGGGUCGACAUCGCAAACUCGUGUGCAGCACUACAGUGUUUACUAAUAACUUGAGCUCCGUCAGCUGAUUCCACUUGGACCAGGACUCAGCCAUCCAGCACACCAUGUCAGAGCUGUACAUUCGGGUGGCUGAGGAUGAAAACGAAGAGCCAAUGGAGAUCCCCUCAGAGGACGACGGUACCGUUCUUCUGUCUUCGGUGGCCGCACAGUUCCCAGGGGCUUGCGGGCUGCGCUACAGGAACCCGGAGUCCCAGUGCAUGAGGGGGGUCCGGCUGGUGGAGGGAGUCCUGCACGCGCCCGAGAAUGACUGGGGGAACCUGGUCUAUGUCGUCAACUACCCAAAAGAUAACAAGAGGAAGAUGGAUGAAAUCGAUGCUGCGUCAGCUGUGAAAAUUAAAAGAGGCUUUCAGAAGACGUCAGAUCUCAUUGUCCUCGGGUUGCCGUGGAAAACAACUGAGCAAGACCUAAAAGAUUACUUUAGUACCUUUGGGGAGGUCAUCAUGGUGCAGGUAAAGAGAGAUGCAAAAACGGGCAACUCAAAAGGGUUUGGGUUUGUACGGUUCACUGAUUAUGAGACACAAACUAAAGUCAUCGCACAGAGACACAUGAUUGAUGGCCGAUGGUGUGACUGCAAACUUCCAAAUUCAAAGGCGUGUCCUGAUGAGCCCAUGCGGAGCCGUAAAAUCUUUGUUGGCCGCUGCACAGAGGACAUGACAACCGACGACUUGAGGCAGUACUUCAUGCAGUACGGUGAAGUCACAGAUGUCUUCAUCCCCAAACCUUUCCGGGCAUUUGCAUUCGUCACGUUUGCUGAUGAUCAGGUCGCUCAGGCUCUGUGCGGAGAGGACUUAAUCGUCAAGGGUGUCAGCGUGCACAUCUCCAACGCUGAGCCCAAACACAAUAAUAGUAGGCAAAUGAUGGAUCGUGCACGGUUCGGGGCCGGGGGGUUCAGUCAGGGGUACGGCGGGAAUCGCGGCGGGCUCGGCAGCGGUAGUGGCGGGGUUAACUUUGGCGCUCUGGGCCUAAACCCAGCGAUGGUGGCGGCUGCCCAGGCGGCCCUGCAGAGCAGCUGGGGAAUGAUGGGCAUGCUGGCUAACCAGCAGGGCCUGACCACGACGGCGGGCACGGCCACCACAACCCGAGAUCAGACCUAUAGCUCCAACAGCACCAGUUACAGCAGCCCCAGCUCAGCUAGCCUGGGCUGGGCUGCCGGCACUAACGCCCCCUCCAGCAGCGGGUUCAGCUCCGGCUUUGGCACGUCUAUGGAGUCUAAGUCCUCUAGUUGGGGAAUGUAGACGAGUUAACGUUUUCAGUUGCUGUUAGGCUAAUCUGGUAAGUAUACUCACAAGGGGCCGUGGGGUGGGGGUCAUUAAAAAGAAAUGACACUGCCUUUUAUUUUAUUAAAGAGAAGAUUUAUACUUGUGUGACUGACUGUGGAGUCAAGCACUGAAUGGGUGGAAAGUUAUGUUUGUAAGUGGGUCUGCCACAUAUUGUUUAGUUUGUGAGAAUAAGAUGACUGUGCAUGCACCAUAAUAAUUUAUAAACGUGCACGAGCAUCUUGAGAUCCCCCACAGCCCACUGUUCAAUGGGCCUUAUAUGAUUAUGUAUAUAUCCACGUGCAUUUUAUUGUAUCCCUUUUGUUUGUUUGUUUUCCAUCUUUUGGAAACGCCUUCAUAAAAGUCUCUUCUGCAGUUCACCAACUCUUUCGCAAUUUCCCGGUAGGAAUCUCAUCAUUGGCGGCAAUGUUCGGCCGAUCUCAGUAUCAGUUCCCCUCCUCCAAUGUGUAAAAUGCUUUGUCGUCCAAGAACAGAGCUUCACUCUGCAUAUACUGUGUUAGACGGUGGGUGUUGUCUUUUUUUUUCCUCUCCCCUAUUUUUUUCGGGAUAUAGUAAUCUUGUCUGCCGUUUGUCGCUUCUCGAGCUCGAUGAAUGGAAUUGGUGAUGGACCGAGUGAAAGUGAGCGAACGGGAGAGCAAAAUGAAAGAAAGCAAGUGUGAGAAGAACUGUUUGUCCAAGUUUUUUUUUUUCCUUAAAAAGACAAAUGCCUGCGAGAGUUGAGAAGAACCUGUGGCUUUGUGCGUGUGUGAGGAAGAAGCACGUACGAGUGUGUUCCCGGUGACCAUCACAAGGACAUUUCUUGCAUCUCGAGAUCCCUAAGCUCUUUGCUUUCUCACGCCAUUUUCUAUCAACCUUAAUUCUUUCAAAAUCACAGUGAAAUUCAAAGUGCUAAGAGUAUCUGUAUCCUUUUGUAGCUCUUUUCUUGCUUUCUGAAACGAUGUGAAUGCUGCGUUUGGUUGUGUGCUUUAGUUUCUUCUUGUUAACCACCCUCUGUGUGUGAAAAUGUGACUUUGUGUUAGUGAAGUCUGUGGGGGAGGGGGGCAAUGAAAGUGGAGAUUGAAAGAAGUUGAGAUGCUGAAUGUUUGACAAGUUUCCAUUUAGAAGUUUGUUUGAAGUGGUUACGAAUGCAUUUUCUAUGUUUUGUGAAUCAAAGGAAAGUCUGAAAUAAAAGUGAAUUUGACUAGGUAUAAUACCUUCUUGACAGUGACUUGUUUUUGACUUCACAUUAAUUGAACUGCCAACACUUUAAUUCACAUGUAUAGGGGCAGCGGACAUGGAAAGCCCAGGUUAUCGUCUGAGC